AUGAAUCAGUCAUUGGUGACUCUUGCCAGUACUUUGCAGGUGAAAGGAGAGGCUCUUUCUCAGGAAGAAAUGUGGUCCCUCUUGUUUCUGGCUUCUGAACAGAUUCUUGAAGAUCUUAACAAGGGUUCCUCUAAUUAUGUAGUCUGCCCUUGGUCAACUCUGCUGCAUGCUUCAGGAAGCCUUUCCUUCCAUGACAACGCUUCUUUUAUAGAGGCCACCCCUUUCAAGGCCCCAGAAAUACUUCAGGGACAGCAUCAAAAUACACGAUUUGAAAUAUCGAAGGUGCAUGUUUAUUCCUUAGGAAUGACUUUGUACUGGUCAGCAGAAUUUCGUGUUCCUCCAAACCAGCCUCUUCAACUGAGUGAGCCAUUGCUUUCCAUUUUGCUAAUGAUGUGUGAAGAUCUGCCUGAGAAACGUCCUUCCCUUCCAUUCAUCUUGGAAGCUUGCUGUGUCCAUCAGAAAGAAGUGGCUAUCUCUCUGACACACCUCUACAUCAAAAGACUGGUCAGCCUCGUUCUGGGAAACAUCACAGAGAUGGAACAGAUUGUUGUUGAAGAAAGGAAAUUUGUGCAACAGAAUAGAAGUGACAUGAUAAGGAGAAGACUACAUCAGAAACAAAGUGAACUCUCACUGCCAUCCACUCAACAGACUUUGGAUCCAGAGAGAAAUACAUUACAACUGAGCUCGUGGGAAUUCCAGCUGAAUGCUUCAGCACACGAAAACUCCAAGUUCUUCCUCAGUGGGUCGGCUAGUAUGAUUAAGGAUGAAGUUCCCCAGGGAAUCCAGCAAGAUAGCAAGCUCAGCUUAGAAUCUACCUUCUCUGUAACACCUAAGAGAUCCUCCUCAGUGGUUUCUUCCCAGAGGUGUUUACUACAAAAAGAACAGAUCUUAAGACCAGAGUUUAUUCAGUUGACCAGAGAAAUACCAGUGACCUUACAACUGCCUGGAUCCAUUGUGACAAAAAAGGGGAAAUUGUAUUUGUCUCAAAGAGAACUCUAUGUGGUUCUGCUGAAUGGACAGUGUUUAGAGGUGAAAUGUGACAUCAAGUCCAAGGCACGAGAUGUCUUUAAUUUAGUUAGUACCUACGCCAACCUAACUGAACACUUCUACUUUGGCUUAGCUUUCCAGAAAGGUAAAGAAUUCUUUUUCUUGGAUGAUGAAACAAAAUUGUGUGAAAUAGCACCAGAAGGCUGGAAUGACAGAUCUAAGAAGAAAACCACCAUCAUUAACUUCACACUUUAUCUGAGGAUAAAAUUCUUUGUCAAUCACUUUCACCUUAUCCACCACAGUCUUACAAGACAUCAAUUUUAUCUCCAGCUCCGGAAAGACAUUCUGGAGGAGCGUAUAUACUGCAGCGAUGAGAUGUUAUUACAGCUUGGUGCAUUAGCCUUACAAGUGGAAUUUGGGAACUAUAGUCCAGAGCAGGCACAGGGGAAAUAUUCUUUUUUGGUUGAAGACUAUAUUCCAGCAAGCAUGAUUGAGCGAAUGACAGCACCCUGUGUGCAAUCGGAGGUCUUGAAAAUACAUAGUUGCUAUGGUCCCCUAUCUAGAGAAGAAGUUGAAUUGGAAUUCUUAAAGCUGACCCAGAAGCUUCCAGAAUAUGGUGUGUUCUUCUAUCGAGUCUUCCAAGAGAAGAAAAUGCCAGAGGCAGAGAUGACUUUGGGGAUUUGUGCCAAGGGCAUAAUUGUAUAUGAAGUAAAAAACAAUAGUAGAAUUGCAAGUUUACGUUUCCAGUGGAGAGAAAUGGGAAAAAUUUCUACUCAGAGAAAGAAAUUCACUAUUGAAAGCAACAUCACUGGUAAGAAACAUACUUUCAUUACUGACACGGUCAAGACAUGUAAAUAUUUGCUGGACCUCUGCUCUGACCAGCACAGAUUUAAUGCGCAGAUGAGCUCUGGGCAGUUUUCCCAAGUUUUGUCAGAAGUUAAUCACUUCACGCAAAUGGUCAAAUCAGAUUCUGCAAAUGUGCCCCAACGGGAGUGUCUCCCUCUGAUUCAAAGAUUGUCCUGCUCGGAAAAUAUGUUGCUUGGAUCCAAUCUGGAAAAUACUUCUGGAAGGCUGCUGAGCAAAUCAUGGGAUAGCUUCAAUAUGGAACCUGGUCAUAGAGUUGGAGAUGAAGGCAACCAACCCAGCCCUUCUUUUGGAUGGUCAGAGCCAGAGCCAUGUUUCUAUAUAACUGAAAACCAAAGGAUGGGCCUGUCAGCUCAGCUGGCACAGAAUAUUGUCCCUGAUCCACAAAAUCCCCAAAGAGAAAAUUUCCUAACUGGUCUAGAACGGGAAAUCAUUUGUGUGACUCUUAAAAGAGACCCACAGCAUGGUUUUGGAUUUGUCAUUAUUGGAAGUGAAAACGUGGGUCAAUUGGACCUUGGAAUCUUUAUUGCUUCCAUUAUACCUGGGGGACCUGCUGAGAGAACAAAAAUGAUUAAGCCAGGAGGGAGAAUAAUAUCCUUGAAUAACAUCAGUUUGGAGGGUGUCACAUUUAAUAGAGCUGUUAAAAUCAUUGAGAAUUCUCCUGACAAAGUGGACCUGAUUGUUUCUCAACCCAAAGGGGAUGACUUUGAUAUGGUUGCAAGGCUGGUUUUAGAAAGGAGAGACCGGAGACCGGCAGAGCAGUGUCCAUCUGCUGAUGACAGAAAGAAAGAUGAAUGUGUGGCUGUUUCCUUAGCAACAACCUUGCCUGACAACCCUGAGAGCUUCGCCUUGGUGACAGAUGAUAACACAUUUGAGGUCACUCUGAAGAAGAACUCCAGUGGCCUUGGAUUCAGCUUCCUCCAGAUGGCAAGGGAGAGCUCAGAUCACCUUAGAAGUUAUGUCGUGAGGAUUAAGAGGCUGUUUCCAGGGCAGCCAGCUGAAGAGAAUGGGGAAAUUGCAGUUGGAGAUAUUAUCCUGGCUGUGAAUGGAAAGCCUACACAAGGCCUCUCUUACCAGGAUGUACUUCACCUGCUGAGAGGUGCUCCUGACAAGGUUACCUUGCGUCUCUGUAGACCACUUAAAGGCACACUGCCUGAAAUAGACCAAGAUUUGCUGGGGCAUGGAGAGAAUGAGAUCUCCUGUGGCAACACCAACAUGCUCCUCCUGCCUGAUGUUUCUUCUGAACUUAACAUGGUGGCUGACUCAAAGAAAGACCCCUCAGUUUUCCUCGGACCAGAAGAUUUUCCAGAAAUAGCCCUUGUGAAAGAUAGUGAUGGGCAGCUCGGGUUGAAGCUAACAGGAGAUGCUGAAGGUGAAGUACAGGGCAUUUAUGUUCUGGAAAUUGUGCCAGGUUCACCAGCCAGCAGAGAAGGGAGCCUUCAGCCAAAUGAUCGAAUAUUAUCUGUCUGUGGAGUAUGGAUGGAGGGCUGCAGUCUGAAUGAAGCUUUGCAAGUAUGUGAGGCAGCUGGUCACACAGUCCACAUCCGAGCAGUGAGAGCUGUGACUGCAGUAGACACAGCUGCUGCCAGGGCCCUCUGUCUGUGGAUUCCAGUUGUAUCCUUGGGGAUGCCAGCUCUGGGGCUCAGCAGAAAAGGUGAGAUUGCCAAUCUUUCGCCUUGA